UUACCUCCACAGUAAAAGAGUAAAUCUUCUUUGUCUUAACCUAAACCAGAAGAGAACUCUGCUUUUUUCGUCGUCUUCCCUCAUCAUUUAGCUGGAGGCUGCCCUUCUGUGACUGGUCAGCAACCAUUUUCGUUUCCUUUUCCAGCAAUGGCGGAAGCUGCAACAAGUGAAACCCAAACCCUAUCUGAGCAAUAUUUAUUGAAGGAGAACGAGGUGAAGACAGAUGUAGGUUCUAAGCCUGAGGAAGUAAAGGAAGAUGUGAAACCAGAAUCUGCAGAUGUUUCAGCCGAGAAAGCCGAGGAAGCACCGGUAGCUGCUGUUGAAGAAAAAACAGAAGAUACUGCUGGUGCUGGUGUUGAAGAAAGCACAGAAAAUAAUUCUGCUGCUGAAAACAGCGGUGAAGAUACUCCUGCUGUUGAUACAAAAAGCAAUGAAACUACUGAAGAGAAAACCUCAGAUGAACAAGAAGCUGCUGAUGAGAAACCGGAGAUAAAGCUGGAGACAGCACCAGCUGAUUUUCGUUUCCCAACUACAAAUCAGACUAGGCACUGUUUUGCCCGAUAUAUUGAGUAUCAUCGUUGUGUGGCUGCCAAGGGAGAAGGAGCUCCAGAGUGUGACAAAUUUGCCAAAUAUUAUCGUUCUCUCUGCCCUGGUGAAUGGAUAGAGAGAUGGAAUGAGCAAAGGGAGAAUGGAACCUUUCCGAAGCACCUGUAGAUGGUUCUCAAAUGGAGACUCGUGUGCUGCUUGUUUCCUGCUGUAUCCAUGUUUCCACCACCAAAUGAAUUUCUUUGAUGAAAAAUAUAUUUUUCGGGAAUGCCCUAUUUAAUAAGAAAUUUUGGUUUCUCUAUUAGAACUAUAGUUCAGUCUGACGACAGAGGAAGUUGUUGCUUAUAAGACAGCUAUUGCUCAUCGUCAUUGAGAUGAAGCUUCUUUCUCCAUCAUUUUGCCCCUAUUUUAACUGUCCUGUAGUGGUUAUAGAUUACCCGCUUGGACGUCAAAGAAAACUGUUAUCAUUGUUACUUUUCACAUAAUAAAGUAAUACUGCUUGAUUGCCCUAAUCAAAUUCUUGGUCAUUUGAUCCAAGAUUAGGCAUUGACAAUUUCA